AUGCGUCGCUCAGUAUUGCGGGCAGUUGAGUCCGCGAAACCACUCGCCCGCGCGCCUCGUUCCGUUUCAAGGAGCUUCGCUACUGUCAACGAGGCCGGUUCCAAGGAUCCUGUUGAGCUCGACCAGAUCACCACUUUGCCGAAUGGAAUUCGUGUCGCUACUGAGUCUUUGCCAGGCCCCUUCUCUGGUGUUGGAGUUUACGUCGACGCCGGUUCCCGAUACGAGGAUGAGAGUCUACGAGGAGUUAGCCACAUAAUGGAUCGACUAGCAUUCAAGUCGACUAAGAAGCGGUCUAGUGACGAGAUGCUUGAAGUUCUUGAGGGCCUUGGAGGAAAUAUUCAGUGCGCCUCUUCACGAGAGUCGCUGAUGUACCAGUCCGCCAGUUUCAACUCGGCUGUCCCAACAACUCUGGGGCUUUUGGCUGAGACAAUUCGUGAUCCGCUCAUCACAGAAGAGGAGGUGCUCCAGCAGCUGGGUACAGCUGAGUAUGAGAUUGGCGAGAUCUGGGCCAAGCCGGAGCUUAUUCUACCGGAGCUGGUACAUAUGGCCGCCUACAAGGAUAACACAUUGGGAAACCCUCUAUUAUGCCCGGAGGAAAGAUUGGGAGAGAUUAACAAAGCGGUUGUGGAUAAAUAUCGCGAAGUCUUCUUCAACCCUGACAGGAUGGUCGUUGCGUUCGCCGGUGUGCCGCAUGAUGUAGCUGUCAAGCUCACGGAGCAGUACUUCGGUGAUAUGCAGGGGAAAAAGUCGAGCAAUGGUCCUGUUCUAUCGGGAACCGGCAUUGAAACUACUUUGUCGAACUCCCAGUCGGCCGUCGAAGAAGGGCAAGUGCCUACAAUUCCCCAGUUCACGCCAUCGUCUACCACAUCGACCACUCCUGCAUCCCCGAAGUCCGAGUCCAGUCUCCUUUCAAAACUUCCAUUCCUCAAAAGCCUUUCCGGAUCGCAGAAGGGCUCCGUGUCACCAUUGGAUCCUUCUUUGGUGGAACCGUCAACAUUCAACUUGACACGCCCUUCUCAUUAUACUGGCGGUUUCCUCGCUCUCCCUCCAAUUCGCCCUCCGGCGAACCCUAUGCUUCCUCGCUUGAGCCAUAUCCAUCUCGCAUUUGAGGCUCUUCCCAUCUCCAACCCUGACAUCUAUGCUCUCGCAACCCUCCAGACACUGCUCGGUGGUGGUGGAUCAUUCUCUGCAGGCGGUCCCGGCAAGGGUAUGUACUCACGCCUUUACACAAACGUGUUGAACCAGCAUGGAUGGGUUGAGAGCUGUAUUGCUUUUAACCAUAGCUACACUGACAGCGGAAUCUUUGGAAUCUCUGCCUCCUGCAGUCCGACCCGGACGCCUGAGAUGCUUGAGGUCAUGUGCCGCGAACUGCAGGCACUGACUCUCGACAACGGUUACUCUGCCUUGCAGGCCCAGGAAGUUAACCGUGCAAAGAAUCAGCUCCGCUCCUCUCUUCUCAUGAACCUGGAGUCACGAAUGGUCGAAUUGGAGGACCUCGGACGCCAGGUUCAGGUGCAUGGCCGCAAGGUUGGAGUGAAAGAGAUGUGCGAUCAUAUCGAUGCAUUGACCGUGGAGGAUCUGCGCCGGGUUGCCCGACAGGUUUUCGGUGGUAACGUCCAGAACAAGGGACAAGGCACUGGUAAGCCAACUGUGGUUCUGCAGGAAGGCGAACUGGAGGGAUAUAAACUUCGUUCUUUCCCAUGGGAGGAGAUUCAAGAAAGGAUCGCCAGGUGGAAGUUGGGAAGAAGGUGA